UAAAUCAAGUUGAAGGUUCAAUUGAUGAAAUUGAUAAAGAUAAUACUUUAGAUGAAGGUAGUCAAUCUUUACAAAAUCGUGAAUUUGCCAAAGGUGAAAGGAUUGCAAGCCAUGUAAAUAAAAUAUUAGUAGAAUCAUCUACAAUUCAUCAUAAAGGCAAACCAGCAAUAAUAAAAAAUAUAAUAAUUGCAGCCCGACAUUCAUUAAUACUUGUCCAAAGAUUGGGUUGGCAAGUAAUUUAUGAUAGCAAAAUGAUUGACCCACCCAGGCUAAGAGUUAUGACAAAGGAUGAAUUUGCUGUGCUUAUUAAAAAAAUUGAAAAGCAGAUACUAGCAGAUAGUAAUGAUUAUUAUAAGCUAUCCGAUGAGAGCUUAAAGGAAUUAGAAGAGAGCUUUUAA